AUGAAGCAUUUCUAUUCCAGCUCUGUCUCUGAGGAUCUGGGUUGCAGACGUGGAGAGUUUAGCAGAAAGCAUUACGGAUCUGUGGAGCUUCUUAUAUCUAGUGAUGCUGAUGGAGCCAUUCAAAGAGCUGGACGGUUCCGUGUGGAAAAUGGCUCUUCUGGUGAGAAUACAGACUACGCUCCGGGUACAUGGCACAGAACAGAUGUGCAUUUGGAAAACCCAGAGUAUCAUACAAGAUGGUAUUUCAAAUAUUUUUUAGGGAAAGUUCAUCAAAAUUAUAUAGGUAUGGAUGCAGAGAAGAACCCUUUCUUUCUGUCUGUUGUGCUGUCUGACCAGAAUACUCAGUGUGUUCCUCAAUACCAUUCAAUACUUUGGAGAAAAACAGGCACUCAGAAAAUAUGUCUCCCUUAUAGUCCCACAAAAACAUUAUCAGUGAAAUCUAUAUUGAGUGCUAUGAGUCUUGACAAAUUUGAGAAGAGCCCAAGGGAAAUUUUUCAUCCUGAAAUACAAAAGGAUUUAUUGGUUCUUGAAGAGCAAGAGGGAUCAGUGAACUUCAAAUUUGGAGUCCUUUAUGCUAAGGAUGGGCAGCUUACAGAUGAUGAAAUGUUCAGCAAUGAAACUGGAAGUGAAAGCUUUGAAAGAUUUUUGCAUCUCUUGGGUGACACAAUUACUUUGAAAGGCUGGACAGGCUACAGAGGAGGACUGGACACUAGAAAUGAUACAACCGGAACCUGUUCCAUCUAUACGGUUUUUCAAGGGCAUGAAAUUAUGUUCCAUGUUUCAACCAUGCUACCGUAUUCUAGAGAGAACAAGCAGCAGGUAGAAAGGAAGCGACAUAUUGGAAAUGACAUUGUCACUAUUGUAUUUCAGGAAGGUGAAGACCCUUCUCCAGCAUUCAAGCCAUCCAUGAUUCGCUCUCAUUUUACACAUAUUUUUGCCUUAGUGAGAUAUAAUAUGAAGAAUGAUAGUUACAGGCUGAAAAUAUUUUCAGAAGAAAGUGUUCCUCUCUUUGGGCCUCCCCUUCCAUCCCCACCUGUGUUUACAAAUCACCAGGAAUUCAGGGAUUUUGUGUUAGUGAAAUUAAUAAAUGGAGAAAAAGCCACCUUGGAAACCCCCACAUUUUCUCAGAAACGUCAACGCACUCUAGACAUGCUGAUCCGCUCUUUAUACCAAGACCUGAUCCCUGAUCUACACAAGAACAUGCUCAAUAGAAGGUCCUUCAGUGAUGUGUUACCAGAGUCCCCAAAAUCAACACGGAAAAAAGAGGAAGCUCGGCAAGCUGAGUUUGUGCGACUUGGCCAGGCAUUGAAAUUGAAAACCACUGUGAAAGGCGAUGCCACAGCUAACUUGGCAACCACAAGCUUUUGUAAAAAGGAGCCUUGGGAAUCUCAAUCUUUCUGCAGUAAUUUUCCUCAUGAGAUUGUCUGUGCAGAUUCUUGGGGCCAGUCCUUGCUGGUUUCUACAGAUGCUGGCGUCUUGUUAAUAGAUGAUGGUCAACCAUCAGUGCAAGUAUUUGAUAAAACUCUCCAAAUAAAGCAGAUGCAUGUGUUGGAAGCUCUGGAUCUCUUGACUGCCCGAACAGACAAAGGGAAAGACUCUCGUCUGCUUGUCUUCAGGCUCAGUGCUGUCCAAACAGAUAUAGAAACAAAGCAAAUUAUAAGGAGCAAAUACGACUGCAGAGAAAAUAAACUGGAGAGAACAAAAGGCUGCCAUUUGUAUGCCAUUAAUACGCACCAUGGCAGUGAGCUGAGGAUUGUUGUGGCUAUUCGGAACAAACUGCUUCUCGUCACAAAGAAAUAUAAUCCAUGCAACAGUUUAACCAGCAACUCUCUACUCUCAUCAUCUGAAUCUCCAGUAGAGGAGUUCCAGUACAUCCGGGAAAUAUGCCUUUCUGACCCUCCAGUGGUUAUGACGCUGGUGGACGGACCCACUGAAGACAGUGACAAUAUGAUCUGCGUAGCAUAUCGACAUCAGUUUGAUUUAGUUAAUGAGAGUACUGGGGAGACUUAUAGAUUGCAUCAUGUUGAAACAAACAAGGUUAAUUUUGUUGCAGCUAUUGAUGUAUAUGAAGAUGGAGAAGCUGGUCUACUGUUGUGUUAUAACUAUGUUUGCCAAUACAGAAAGAUAUAUCCUUUCAGUGGAGGUUCUCCACUGAUCCAGCCAUCAGCUUAUGACUUCCACUUCAGUUGGAAUCAAGUUCCUUAUGCUGUUGUCUGUGCUUUCCCUUAUAUCCUUGCCUUCACUACUGAUUCCAUUGAGAUCCGAUUAGUGGUGAAUGGGAACUUAGUCCACACAGCCGUUGUGCCUGAGCUUCAACUUGUAGCAUCAAGGUCAGAUAUUUAUUUUAAAGCUACUGCUGCAGUAAGUGGAUCAUCUGACAGCAGCUCUAAGGAAAUGAAUUCAAGGAGUUCACCUCAAACACCAACAGCUUAUGAAAUGCCAGAAUGUCCUCUUUCUUCUCUGGAAGGUGAAGUUCCAUGCAAAAACCUGUACAAAAUUCCUCUCAGUAAUCUGGUAGGGCGAAGCAUUGAACGACCUCUGAAGUCACCUUUAGCUCCCAAGGUCAUCACUACAACAGCAUCCAGUGGCAUUGCCUCUCUUCCAGUUACGCACUCACUAUCUUUAUCUCGUAUGGAAAUUAAAGAAAUUGCAAGCAGAACACGUAAAGAAUUGCUGGGCCUCUUGGAUGAGCCUAUACCUAAGGCAGAAAGUGCACAGAAGCAAAAAAAGACUCCUCGAAGACAGUCAGAUCCCAAACAGGGAGCAGUAAGAUCAACUAGUAAUGACAGGAUAAUCUCGAGCUCUUCUGAAAGCUAUUCUGAAGGACGUCAUCUUUCCACUAGUUCAGAUCCCAAUACUUUAGCAAACGGGGAGGAGAGCUCGCUAUCUAGCUAUCCAUUUCAGCCAAUUUCUUUAUAUGAUGAAGACAUCAUUGACUUGAAGUGAAGAUAGUCUUAAAACCUUUCUUCCUUACUUCACAUUUUCUUACAACUCUGUGAGCUUUAUGGGAGUGUCACAAACACUGCUUCUAUUGGUAAAAUGUGGCUGGAAGUACUGGUGAUUAAUCUUUAUAGAACCCAUGUUGUUCUGGCUAGCUCAGCCUGAUUUGGUGAUGCUCAUAUUUUUGAUGUAGGUAUGUUUUCUCAGUUAAGGAACCAUUACUUGUUGUGGCAUUCUAACAGUAGGUAAUCAAUGAAAGAUUUAGGCUGAACCUGAAGUAAAUUAAGUAUUACGUGUUCUGAGCU